CGCACCUAAAACCACAAAAGCAAAGCAGGGGGUGGGAAAACACACAACAGGAUGCGCGUGCCGCGCACAUGGACGAGGAUUUAGGAGCGAGGAGGAUCCACACCCACGCGGGGGGAAGACACUCACCGGCUUCACUUUGUCACCGGUGAGCCACAGUAACCAGGUUCAAGUUUGAGCGCGUGGAGGAGGAACCUGUUUCUCCCCCCGGCCCCGCUGGACUCAUGAUGGCCCUCACGGUUCACCUCAAGUCGGUCGCCAACCUCCGGGGGAAAGGCGACCGCAUCGCCAAAGUCACAUUCCGGGGGUCGUCCUUCUACAGCCGCGUGGCGGCCAACUGCGAGGCGGUGGCGGACUUUAACGAGAUUUUUCGAUGGCCUUUUGCAAGCAGGCUGGAUGGCAGCGAGAUGCUGGAGAUCCAAGUUUACAAUUACAGCAAAGUUUUCAGUAACAGACUCGUGGGGACUUUCUGCAUGGUGCUCCAGAAGGUGGCGGAGGAGGGGCAGCUUGAGCUGACUGACACGCUCAUCGACGACAAUAACGCAUCUAUAAACACCAGCGUCACCAUAGAGCUCAGAUACCAGUCGAUGGAUGGCACAGCUGGCACGCGGAGCAACGGCGACUAUCUGGAUGUUCCCGACGACCGUGAUGGGAUGUUUACUUUCGAGACGGACAGCCUGCUGUCGGGGCAAAGCCACGGGUCGGGGGCGUCUGCAAAACGAUCGCUGCAAGGAUCCAUACCGACGUUCAGGAAAUCGGGGAAAGGCGUGUUUUCGUCCAUGAAACUCGGCAAAAUCAGGAGCUCCAAAGACGAUCACAAAAAAGAUGAGCCAGCAGUGCUGGACAUGGAGGACCUGGACAAGAAGGCGAUGCGUCUCGCCGGAAUGUUGGAACCAGACACCAUCUCUCUGGCCUCCGUCACUGCCGUCACCACCAACAUCUCCAAUAAGAGGUCCAAACCAGAUAUCAAGAUGGAACCAAGUUCUGGACGACCAGUGGAUUACCAGAUUAGCGUCACGGUCAUCGAGGGCCGCCAGCUGAUUGGCCUCAACAUGGACCCCGUGGUGUGUGUGGAGAUCGGCGAGGAGAGGAAGUACACAUCCAUGAAGGAGUCCACCAACUGCCCUUACUACAAUGAGUAUUUUGUCUUUGACUUCCACGUCCCCCCUGAUGUCAUGUUUGAUAAGAUCAUUAAGCUCUCGGUCAUCCACUCGAAAAACCUCCUCCGGAGCGGAACGCUGGUGGGAACCUUCAAGAUGGAUGUUGGAACUGUUUACCAUCAGCCAGAGCACCAGUUCUACCACAAGUGGGCAAUCUUGUCCGACCCUGUUGACAUCACGGCGGCGUGCAAGGGCUACCUGAAAUGCGACAUUGCCGUGGUGGGCAAAGGCGACAACAUCAAGACGCCGCACAAGGCCAACGAGACUGACGAGGAUGACAUCGAGGGGAACCUCCUUCUCCCAGAAGGCUUCCCGGCCGAGCGUCAGUGGGCGAGGUUUUACGUGAAAGUCUACCGGGCCGAGGGCCUUCCCAAGAUGAACACCAACAUCAUGGCUAACGUCAAGAAGGCCUUCAUUGGAGAGAACCGGGACCUGGUGGACCCUUACGUCCAAGUGCACUUUUCUGGCCAGAAGGGGAAGACCUCGGUGCAGAAAAGCAGCUAUGAGCCCAUCUGGAACGAGCAAAUCGUCUUCACCGAGCUCUUCCCUCCCCUCUGCAAACGCAUGAAGGUCCAAAUCCGCGACUCGGAUAAGGUGAAUGAUGUUGCCAUAGGAACCCACUUCAUUGACUUGCGCAAAAUAUCCAACGAGGGCGACAAAGGAUUCUUGCCCACCUUGGGUCCGGCCUGGGCCAACAUGUACGGCUCCACGCGCCAGUACGCGCUCAUGGACGAGCACCAGGACCUGAACGACGGCCUGGGCGAGGGAGUAUCCUUCCGAGCCCGUCUGCUGCUGUCCAUCGGCGUUGAGGUCCUGGACACGACGUCCCCAGAGAUCCUCAGCUCCACCGAGGUGCAGACGGAUUCCAUCUCCAACAUCUCGGAGAGCGCCACGGGGAAGAUGGAGGAGUUCUUCCUGUUCGGAGCCUUUCUGGAAGCCGCCAUGAUUGACCGAAAGAUCGGCGACAAGCCGAUUACUUUUGAGAUAACGAUUGGUAACUACGGCAACCAGAUAGACGGCACGAGCAAGCCGUCGUCCUCGAGGAAGAAGAAAAAGGACGGCGAAAGCGACGAGGAAGACUGCGAGCUCAUCCAAAACUCCAGCGAAGACGAGGCCGACGAGGAAGCCCGCCUGGAGUCGGUCUCUUGCACGCCCCCCGUGAAGCCCGUCAUCACGGACAGGAAUUACUUUCACCUUCCGUACUUUGAGAAGAAACCGUGCGUGUACAUCAAAAGCUGGUGGCAAGACCAGCGACGACGACUCUACAACUCCAACAUGAUGGACAAGAUUGCCGACAAGCUGGAGGAGGGUGUAAACGAUGUUCAGGAGAUCAUUAAGACAGAGAAAGCCUUUCCGGAGAGGCGACUCAGAGGAGUCCUGGAGGAAUUGAGCAUCGGCUGCAGUCGGUUUGUGAAUUUGGCGAACAAGGACACAAACCAGGCAGGCAGAACCAAACUGGAUCGGGAAAGGCUCAAGUCCUGCAUGAGAGAAAUGGAUAACAUAGGCCAGCAGGCCAAACAGAUGAGGACGCAAGUGAAGAAAAAUACGGUGAAAGACAAAAUAAAGCCAGCGCAACACUUCCUGCAGAGGCUUCGCUUCCUCGCCGACGAGCCACAACACAGCAUCCCGGAUGUUUUCGUGUGGAUGAUGAGCAGCAAUAAGCGCGUGGCGUACGCCCGCAUUCCCUCCAAAGACAUCCUUUACUCGGUCGUGGAUGAGGAGACCGGGAAGGACUGCGGGAAAGUCAAAGCGGUCUUCCUCAAGCUGCCUGGUAAAAAGGGUUUCGGCCCGGCCGGGUGGACCGUCCAGGCUAAGCUCGACUUGUACUUGUGGCUUGGCCUCAACAAGCAACGUAAAGAAUUCCUCAGUGGUCUUCCCAAUGGUUUUGAAGAACUGAAAGUCGCGAAAACGGACCGCUAUCUUCACUCGGUGCCGCCUGUCAGCCUGGUGUACAACAUGAAGCAGGUUUUCCAGCUGAGAGCGCACAUGUACCAAGCGCGGAGCCUGUUUGCCGCCGACAGCAGCGGCCUCUCCGACCCCUUUGCCAGAGUCUUCUUCUCGACUCAUAGUCAGGUCACGGAGGUUCUGAGCGAGACCCUGUGCCCCACUUGGGACCAGCUGCUGGUUUUCAACGACGUGGAACUGUUCGGCGAGGCCGGCGAGCUGAGAGACGACCCGCCGAUCAUCGUGGUGGAGAUUUACGACCAAGACACGGUGGGCAAGGCGGAGUUCAUAGGUCGGACGUUCGCCAAGCCGACCAUCAAAAUGUGCGAGGAGCACUACGGCCCCCCGAGGUUCCCGCCGCAGCUGGAGUACUUUCAGAUUUACCGAGGGAACUGCACUGCUGGAGAACUGCUGGCUGCCUUCGAGCUCCUUCAGAUCGGUCAAGGAGGGACGGACGAUUUACCUCCCCUCGAAGGACCAACGGACUCGGAGCGAGGCCCGAUUAUCCCGGUGCCAUUGGGUAUCCGACCUGUCCUGAGUCGCUACCGGAUCGAGGUCUUGUUUUGGGGCUUAAGGGACCUAAAGAGGAUUAACCUGGCCCAGGUGGAUCGACCCCGUGUGGACAUCGAGUGUGCUGGGAGAGGCGUUCAAUCUGUCCUCAUCCAGAACUACAAGAAGAACCCAAAUUUUAGCACUUUGGUCAAAUGGUUUGAGGUGGACCUCCCUGAAAAUGAGCUCCUCCACCCUCCGCUCAACAUCAGGGUGGUGGACUGCCGGGCAUUUGGUCGCUAUACGCUGGUCGGUUCACACGCAGUCACCUCUCUGAGGCGUUUCCUCUACUCUGCUCCCAACAAGACAUCUAGCAACUGGGGCAGUGCAGGCGAAAUCAUCGUCAGCAUGGACUCCGUGGAGUCCAACGUCCGGAAAAUGGACACGUGUGUGAAGCUCGACGCUACAUCUGACGCUGUUGUAAAACUUGACAUGAUUGAAGAUGAGAGUGACAAAGAAAAAAGGAAGAAGAAGAAGAAAAAGAAGGGCGCAGCAGAUGACGAGGACGAGACAGACGAGAGCGUGCUUGAUUGGUGGUCCAAAUAUUUUGCUUCCAUCGAGACUCUGAAAGAGAACCUCAGAACUCAGGAAACGGCUCAGGCCGAAGCGGAGGAGCGAGAAGACCUGGAAAUUGCAGCCGAGGGGGCAGAUAUCAAAUGUGAUGACAUUGUUCGGAAAGGCUCCAGGAUGAGGGAGAGGAUGAAGGAGAAGAGGAGCACCAAGGACAAGAAAAAAGGUCACGCUGUGGACGGAUCUGAGAAACGAACAGUUAAAUCCAAAGUGGACGAGUUGAUGGUGUACAACAAGGAGCUGGAGAGUGAAUACGGUGACUUUGAAGACUGGCUGCAUACGUUCAACCUGUACAGAGGGAAAGCUGGAGACGACGACGAACACGCUCUGGAUGAUGACCGGAUUGUUGGACGAUUUAAGGGUUCGUUGUGCAUGUACAAGCUACCAUUGUCAGAAGAGAUAACAAGAGACGUGGGAUUCGAUCCAAAUAUGGGCAUGUUCCAGAGCAUCCCUCAUAACGACCCCAUCAACGUGCUCGUCCGAGUGUACGUGGUCAGGGCUACGGACCUUCAUCCGGCAGACAUCAACGGGAAGGCGGACCCGUACGUCGUCAUCAAGCUGGGAAGGUCCGAGGUUAAGGACAAAGAGAACUACAUCUCCAAGCAGCUCAAUCCCGUGUUUGGCAAGUCCUUUGACAUUGAAGCGACAUUCCCCAUGGAGUCCAUGCUUACCGUUUCCGUAUAUGACUGGGAUCUGGUCGGGACGGACGACCUGAUUGGAGAGACCAAGAUCGACUUGGAGAACCGCUUCUACAGCAAAUACAGGGCCACCUGCGGCAUCUCUUCCACCUACUCUCUCCACGGAUACAACGUCUGGCGGGAUCCUUUGAAGCCGAGCCAGAUCCUAGCGAAGCUAUGUAAGGAAGGCAAGACUGACCCCCCUCAGUACGGCCCAGGAGGGAAAGUCAAGGUGGCCAACCGCGUCUUUGUGGCACCAACAGAGAUUGAGGAUGAAAACGGUUUGAAGAAGCAGACCGAGGAGCAUUUAGCACUGACGGUGCUGAACCACUGGGAGGAGAUCCCCCGGGUGGGCUGCCGGCUCGUCCCAGAACACGUGGAGACCAGGCCCCUGCUGAACCCGGAUAAACCGGGUAUCGAGCAGGGUCGGAUAGAGAUGUGGGUGGACAUGUUUCCUAUGGACACGCCGGCUCCUGGACCGGCCAUUGAGAUAUCGCCACGCAAGCCGAAAAGAUAUGAGCUCAGGGUGAUUAUUUGGAAUACAGACGAAGUAAUACUGGAGGACGAUGAUUACUUCACUGGGGAAAAGUCCAGUGACAUAUUUGUCCGGGGCUUUGAGCUGCGUGUUAUUAUUUGGAACACUGAUGACGUAAUUCUAGAGGACGAUGCUUUCCUGACAGGAGAGAAGAUGUCCGACAUCUAUGUCAGGGGGUGGCUGAAGGGCCAGCAAGAGGACAGGCAGGACACAGACGUGCACUACCACUCCCUGACCGGAGAGGGAAACUUCAACUGGCGCUUCGUCUUCCCCUUCGAUUACCUCAUGGCGGAGGAGAAAAUCGUCAUGUCCAAGAAAGAGUCCAUGUUUUCUUGGGACGAGACAGAGUACAAGAUCCCGGCUCGCCUCACGCUGCAGGUGUGGGACGCCGACCACUUCUCUGCCGAUGACUUCCUGGGCGCCAUCGAGCUGGACCUAAAUCGCUUCCCUCGUGGGGCCAAGACGUCCAAGCAGUGCUCCAUUGACAUGAUCCGAAACGAGCAGGAACUUCCCUCCAUUUCCAUCUUCAAGCAAAAGCGGGUCAAGGGAUGGUGGCCGUUUGUGGCCCGCGAUGAGAAUGACGAGAUGGAGCUGACGGGCAAAGUGGAGGCUGAACUCCAUCUGGUCACUCUGGAGGAGGCAGAGAAAAGUCCAGUGGGACUUGGACGAAACGAACCCGAUCCACUGGAGAAACCAAAUCGGCCCGACACUACCUUCCUGUGGUUCCUGAGCCCGCUGAAAGCCAUCCGCUACCUGAUCUGCAACCGCUACAAGUGGCUCAUCAUCAAGAUCGUGCUGGCUCUGCUCAUGUUCGUAAUGCUGGGCCUGUUUCUGUACAGUAUGCCGGGUUACCUCGUCAAGAAGUUGCUUGGGGCCUGAACGAG